AUGACUCUCGAAGACUUGAUCGUGAAACUGCGCAUUGAAGCUGAUGUGCGCAAAAGCGAUCAAAAGGCUAAGGGCUUUAGCCUACUUGAAGCAAAAGCCAACCUGUUGGAGCGGGGUGGUCCCUCCAACAAACGCCCUCACCCAAGUCAAAAGGACAAAGGGAAAGGAAAACAGCCUGCAAAGAAGUUUGAAGGCGAUUGCUACAAAUGUGACAAACCUGGCCACUUUGCCAAGGACUGCCGCAAUAACAAGGGUGACUGGUACAUUGACACUGGCGCUACUGCUCAUGUCUGCUCCGACAAAAUCAAGUUUGCCUCCUACACUGCUGUUGAAGGGAGGAAGAUCAACAUACAGCCGGGAAUGGAUUAUGAAACACCAUCUACUUCGCAUGUAGAAAAUCAGUUACACGUAGAUGACAUUGUGGAGAAUACAGAUUUAAAUAUUCCAGAAUGCCCAAUAGAAUUUAAACCAUUUGUUGGUCGUAGCUUCCCUACUUUGGACAACGCAAUUGAGUUCUACGAGAACUAUGGGCGACGCGUUGGAUUUGAUUCAAGGAAAAACGGUUCAAAGAAGGUUGAUGAUAUCACCUUAUGGUUUUACAUGGUGUGUAACAGAGAGGGUGAACAGAAGUUUAAUGAUCAACAACCCAAACGACGACGAAAAUCUAAAAAAUGUGGAUGUAAUGCUUCUGUUGCUUUCAAAUUUGAUUCAGAUCGUGGUUACGUAAUUAAACAUUUUAACGAAGAACACAACCAUCCCAUGGUUGAGGUACAACACCACAAGUUUAUGAGGCUAAAUCGUCGACUUGAACCAGUGCAUCAAAAAUUUAUUUCAGAUUGUGCUGGAGCUAAUAUCGGGCCAUCUCUAACUUUCAAGCUGCUUACUGAGUUGAUGGGCGGUUAUGAGUCUGUUGGUUGUACUGUGUUGGACAUUCGUAACUAUACACGAGAUAUCAGAAGAUACGCUGAAGGAUGUGACGCCCAAAUGAUCAUAGAUGAGUUGAAGAAUAAGAAGCAAAAUUGUGAUGCCUUCAUGUACGAGUAUGAAGUUGAUUCUCAGAGUCGUUUGAAUCAUUUGUUUUGGUGCGAUACUAUAGCCAAGUUGAAUUUCUUGCAAUUUGGUGACAUUGUUUCUUUCGAUACUACGUACUCAACUAACAGGUACUCCAUGAUAUUUGCUCCGUUUACUGGUAAGGAUAACCAUGGUCGUGCAGUGUCAUUUGGAGCUGGUUUGCUUUGUAGUGAGAGUGCGGAUUCGUUCUCUUGGCUUUUUAAUCAGUUUGUGAAAUGCAUGGGCAAUCAUCCGAAGUUGAUAAUUACUGAUCAAGACUUGGGCAUGAAAGUAGCUGUUGAAAAAGUUCUGGUGAAUACUCGACACAGAUGGUGUAUGUGGCACAUCAUGGCAAAGGUAGCUGAAAAGGUUCCUAAGUCACUUCUUGGUAAUAAUGAUUUCAAAAAGGAUUUGAAUUCAUGCGUUUGGUCUGAGUUGAUUGAACCUACUGAGUUUGAAGACAAGUGGAAGAAUGUGAUGGUGACUUAUGAUCUUGUUGACUCUGAAUGGUUUGUCUCUAUGUUUGAAUCAAGAAGGUAUUGGGUUCCAGCCUACUUUAGGGACUUUCCUAAUAGUUCGUUGAUAAAGACGACAUCUGUUUCGGAGUCGCAGAAUAGUUUUUUCAAGAGGUACACUCAGUCUAGGGCGAACCUGGUUGUUUUUUUAAUGAAUUUCAAUAAUGCAGUUGAUGCCCAAAGAAACUAUUCUGCAAAGCUGGAUUAUAUGGAUUUUAAUACAACUGCAAAGUUGAAGACAGAAUGGUCGAUUGAGAAGCACGCAUCCACAAUAUUUACUGAUGGGGCGUUCAUGGAAAUUCAAGAACAGAUUAUGGAGGCUUAUAACCAUUGUAGUCUGGUUUCUAUUUCCAAUGACUCAAGUACAGAGAUUUAUAAGGUUUUAGAUCAUUUUUCAAACACCUGGACGGUCACAUUAUCUGCGCAGGAUUCGAUUUGUGUAUGUGGUUGUAAGAUGUUUUUGAGGACUGCUCUUGUAUGCUGCCACAUCUUCUUGGUGUUGAAGAACAAAAAAUAUCGAUUGAUUCCGGAGUAUCUGAUUGGUGGUCGAUGGUUGAAAUCUUCUUUGCUUAAGGCUGUUCAUGGCGUCCAAAACUCAGAUGUUGCCACCCAUGUUUAUGUUGAUGAAAAGAAGAAGGCUCAAGCAAUUUUAUUGGGAGAGAUGUUGGGUCUGUACCAAGCGGUGUCUGUUGAUAUUGACCAAAUUCAUGAGCUGACAUUGAUAGUGCGUGAAGCUCGACAACAAAUUUUUGCCGAUGGGGUUGUGACGUCUACAGCACAGAAGAAGAAAAUAAUGGAGGAAUUUUAUGGGGCUGAGGCACCUCAGGAAGUGGAGGUUCAACCACCUGAAGUUGUCAGCACCAAGGGAUCCGGUAGUAGACUCCCUUCUAGAGUUGAGAAGGCUUUGAAGCUUAAGAACAAGCCUAUGCGUCAAUGCAAGAAAUGUCAGGAGUGGGGUCACCAUGAUUCUAGGAAUUGCGACAAAUUUAAAGAGAAAGAAAUGAUGCGCUCCAGAAGAAAUGCUGAUGUUUGA